UCGUCAUAUGUGACGAUGCAUCACAUGUAGAAUACGGAAGUGUAAAAUGUCCAGAGCAUGAACUAUUAUAUUACAGUUGAAUAGUCCACAGCCGAUCGCUGUGUGGCUGCAUGUUUGAGCUAUCUUCCCAGAAUUGUGUCAUUCUGUUUUUAGCUGUAGUUUCUGUUUAUGACGUGUCCUUUACUGACAUGUGCUUGUGCAAAGAUUUUAUGUAACCCAAUGUAUUGCUCGAAAGGUAAAAAAAAGUUUAUGACGUUCAGAUGAGUCGACACUAAUUCUGGGAGCGAGAAGAAUGGCGCAAGUGCCCAAAGUUCGUCUUUCGGGAGGCUUGGAGAUCUGCCGUCUGCUGAACGGCAUGUGGCAGGUUUCUGGCGCGCAUGGUCCGAUAAGCCCACAGAAAGCAGUAAAGGCCAUGGAGGCUUAUGUGGAUGCAGGAUUGACAUCAUUUGACAUGGCAGAUAUCUAUGGCCCAGCAGAGGAGAUUUUUGGGGAAUUCAAUAGGCAGCUGAAAUCUGCUGUCACUGCCCCAGCAGUACAAGGUCUGACCAAAUGGGUUCCCCGUCCAGGUCCAAUGGAUCGGAAGGUAGUGGAGCAGGCAGUCCGGAGGUCCAUGAGCAGGAUGCAGGUGGAGAGGCUGGACUGCCUGCAGUUCCACUGGUGGGACUACGGGGAUCGGAGAUACCUGGACGCCCUGGGCCACCUGUCCGACCUGCAGCAGGAAGGCCUCAUACGUGAACUGGCUCUCACUAAUUUUGACACCCAGCGUUUGGAGGAGAUUGUCAGCAGAGGCAUCCGGAUCUCCAGCAACCAGGUGCAGUACUCUCUCAUUGACAGAAGGCCUGCUGCCAAGAUGGAGAAGUUCUGCCUGGCGCACGGUGUACAGAUGCUCGCAUAUGGCACUCUAGGUGGGGGGCUGAUCACCGAACGAUACUUAGGCUGCAGAGAGCCGAAAAGCCAGGCGGAGCUCAACACCGCGUCCCUGAGCAAGUACAAAAAGAUGGUGGACAUGUGGGGAGGCUGGGAGCUGUUUCAGGAGCUGCUGUCCGCCCUGGACGCGGUCGCUCGACGCCGGGGCUGCUCCAUCGCUAGCGUGGCCACCAAGUACGUGCUGGAUCAGCCGGCAGUGGGCGGAGUGAUCGUGGGCUGCCGGCUGGGCGUGGCCGGGGCCGAGCACAUCCAGGACAGUCUGCGCAGCUGCGGCGUCAGCCUCGCCCCUGAAGACCUGCGCGCCAUCCACAGCGUGCUCCAGCGCUCCCAGGACCUCCUCCUCGCCGUCGGGGACUGCGGAGACGAGUACAGGAAGUAGGCGGCGGAGCGGGAGGGGUCACAGAACACGCGACUUUCGUGUGUGACGCGAGGAAUACGCCCACGUUACGCCCACGUCCCGCCCAUGUCUCUGUGCCUGCCUGCUCUUCCUUCCACGCUUCAGACUAACGGAUAACGGAAGCUUCGCUUGUGCAAAUCAAUGUAGCCAUGCGUAUGCAAUGAGGUCCCUCCCUGUGCUGCCACAUAGACUUAAUGCAGAUCUCACAUCACACAGAAAAGUAUUCUCUGAAUUCACAAUUAUUAUGUCACAUCAUUCAAUGCUUUAUUAUAUUGAAUCGAAAUAUAAAAUCAUUCAAUAUGAA